AUGAUCACCAUUCUUUCAUUCAUUCUAUUCUUCCAGUGCAUUGCGGGUGUACCAGUUCCUAGAGUGAUCACUCGUUGGCACACUGCUGAAGCCGUGACUUCAACUGCUUACUACACCACAGGCACCACUACUGUAUGGUUGCCCCCUGUCCAGGUUGAUAUCUCUGGCGAUUUUACUACUACCUACACUGUGACUACCGGACAAUGGGCUACGACUCCGGUUACUCUCACGUCUUCUCAUGCUGCUGGACAGCCAGACACUGACCAACCAGAGCCAACCCACACAGACAAUUUCCAGCCCCAGUCAUCAGCACAUGCCACGUCCACAAGCCCCGUUGCGAACACACCUACUCAGCCCAACUCCCCAACUGCUUCGGAAUCGACUAAUUCUUCACCUCAGACCACCAAUCAGCCGAUUCAGACCUCCGCUCCUUCAACUACUUCAAUUGCUUCGACCAGCUCAUCGAGUGACUCUGCGACGAGCACAUCGAGUGACUCCUCAACCACAUCAGCUUCUGGAGACAAUGUCUUGAAGGUUGCCAAUGAAAAUGGGUACGACUUCUCCAGCGCUCUGAUAAAGCUUACCAAGCCAUCUGUUAUUGUCUACUCUCCAUAUUCCAAUGACGGAUCUUGCAAGAACUACGACGAGGUCGAGACCGAUUUGAAGUUUCUCAAGAGCAUCGGUAUCAAUAAGAUCAGGACAUACGGUGUUGACUGCAACAUCGUCAGUGCUGUUCUUCCUAUUGCCUCUUCCUUGAACUUCAAAGUGAACCAGGGAUUCUGGAUCUCAAAUGCGGGCGUUGAUUCGAUCGAUGAUUCGGUCAAUAACUUGAUUGACUACGCAAAGAAAAACUCUUGGGAUGUCUUCGACUACAUUACGAUUGGUAACGAGGCUAUUAUUGAAGGUUAUGCCAAGCCAUCAGAAUUAAUUGCCAAGAUCAAAAGCGUCAAGAAGCAAUUACAAGACAACGGGUACACCGGUCAAGUUACCACUUCUGAGCCCCCUGCCAUGUUCAUCAAACACCCUGAGUUGUGUACUGAGUCUGACAUAGACUUUGUUGGUAUCAACUCACACUCAUAUUUCAACACCAACCUUUUCGCUCAUGAAGCUGGCGAAUACAUCACAUCUCAACAGAAAAAAGUCUCCGAGCUUUGCUCGAAAAAGACAGUUAUUACCGAAACAGGUUACCCAUCGAAGGGUAUCAAAAAUGGUAACAACGUGCCUUCGCUUGUCAAUCAAUAUGCUGCAUUGAAAUCCAUCAUGGAAGCUACAAAUGGUGACUGUACAAUUUUGAGCUCCUUCGAUGAUUACUGGAAGAAUCCGGGUCCAUAUGGCAUUGAGCAAUCUUUUGGAGUCAUUGGUCUUUUUAACUAG